GUUGAAAGGAAAAUCUAAAAAUUAUCUAUUACUGACAUUAAUUGAAAGGAAAAUAUAACAGUUAUCAGUUACUGAAAAAAUAUGAUUCAAAGGAAAAUCUAAAAGUUUUCAAUUACUUACAAAGAAAUUGUUGAAAACAAAAUCUAAAAGUUAUCUGUUACUGACAUUUUAAGCUUAACGAGGAAUUACCUUUGAUUCAAGGACUCAUUGUGAUCUCCCACAGAAACCUACGGAUGAAAUGAACUACCUUCAAAUCACCUUUCUCUGGUUGAGCUGGUUCGGAACACCGGGCGUUCCAUCGACGAUCCAAAGACACCCUCACGCCGUCGGAAGACCCUCAAUCACCGAUAAAGAAACAAGUGGUGUAGAGGUCAGCACCUUCCUAGCCCGCGCAGUCACGCAGAGCGAUGUCGCUACUGCAGCAAUUGAAGGAAAAACUACUCCCGUGCUGCCAGAGAACAUCAUGACGGCGUCAGCUUCGUGUGACGAGGAUUACUGGCUCUGUUCCGAUAAGACGCAAUGCAUUCCAAAGAAUCACACGUGCUCGGGAGUGGCUGAAUGCGACGACGAAUCGGAUGAAGCUGUAGGCCUCUGCGGCUGCCUCUCCAAUGAGUAUCAGUGUCCUGAUGUUUGCAUCAACAAUCUCAGAAGGUGUGACACUGUCCGAGACUGCGAGGGCGGAGAGGACGAGCUAUUCUGUGAGACGUGGGUCUGCCCCGAGUCUCACUUCAAAUGCACCAACGGCUUCUGCGUUCCGCUGGACGCCGUCUGCGACUUCGUCGACGACUGUCGGGACGCCUCGGACGAGCAUGAAUGCAGUUACCGCCCUUGUUUCUAUGCCGAGUUCAGAUGCGCCAAUGGAGAGUGCAUAAGGCCUGGCUUAGUGUGUGACGGCGUCGAGGACUGCGUUGAUGGCUCAGACGAGAUGCAGUGCCAGCAAGGUGACUGGGUAUCCUGUGGCUCAGGUCGGCAGGUGCACAGGUUCUUUUGGUGUGACGGGUGGCCUGACUGCACUGACAACCACGCAGAUGAGCUUAACUGCGGACCUUGCAAGGAAAGUGAACUUCGCUGUAAUGACGGCCAGUGCAUACCGAAGGGUAAUCAUUGCGACGCUCAGUGCGACUGUGUAGACUGUGCUGACGAACAGGGUUGCCAGACGUAUGAUUUGUUUUCUGGAACAGCUAUCUGUCGGGUGUCGGAAGCCAUAACAUGCGUGGUCGACGCCCGUCAAAGGGCCAAGGACAGAUGCCUGUCUGCUGGCACCAUCUGCGAUGGUUUCAAUCACUGUCACAACGGAGAGCAGGUGUCUGAUGAAACUGGCUGUGAAAACGCGAACGCAAAGUGUCUCCUUGGGAAGGAUGACUGGGCAGGAGAGCAGAGCCGACCCUCGAGGUUCCUGUGCAGCGACGGCCGAUGCCUUCCUGGCGACGUCGUCUGCAACAGAAGAAUCGACUGCCUGGAUGGCGAGGAUGAAGCCGAUUGUCCGGAAAUCCAGUGCAACGAGGAAGACUGGCAAUGUUCCAGCGGAGAGUGUGUCUCACAGACAAGCCGUUGUGACCUGAAGUUCGAUUGUGCUGACAAAUCUGACGAACUGAAUUGCGAGAAUCAAGUGUGUGGGGAAGGAGAGAGUCAGUGUUGGACCGGCCACUGCAUUCCCGCAUCAUUAUGGUGCGAUCAUGUUACAGACUGCUUGGAUAAUUCAGAUGAACUACAUUGCCAUCAUGGAUGGAAUGGCUGUCAAGAGAGUGAAUUUGCUUGUGCCAGCGUUGCUCAGUGCAUCCCGCUAGAACAACGCUGCAUCCUUUCCACCAACCGCCAUCAUGGAUGUGCAGAUCGCUCUCAUCUCCUGGGAUGCAAGUCCAAGGAAUGUCCUCCAGGUAUGUUCAAGUGUCGGUCGGGUCCCUGUCUGGAAGCAGAGAGACAAUGCGAUGGCAACAUCGACUGUCCUGAAACGUGGGACGACGAAGAUUUUUGCCCUUUCCAGUGCUCACAGGAAGUUCCAGAAUGCCGAUGCCAUCACUUGGAAGCCAAUUGCUCUGGCUUGAAUCUUCGACGCUUCCCUGAUAUUGAGAAGAAUAUCAACCGCUUCUACUUUGCCGAUAAUCAGUUGAGUUCAACUCUGCAUGCAGAACCAGUCAAAGGGUAUCAACAGGCUGUUUUUCCUGUGAAUUUGUCGAGGAACCAUCUUCGCUUUCUGAACAGCGGAACAUUCAGCAGUCUUUGGCGCCUACGAAUUCUGAUUCUCAGUGACAAUGAUCUGGCCGAGUUAACAAACGGGGCGUUUGCUGGUCUUCACACUCUCAGAAACCUGCGGCUGGAUGGGAAUCAGAUCACGGUCAUCAAACCGCUUGCUUUCUACGGUCUCAGUUCUCUACCUACCCUUGACCUGAGUCAUCAGCGGUUACGAGAGAUCGGCCAUCGAGCCUUCUUGGGACUGCGAAAUCUAACGACUCUAAUUGUGUCCGACAAUGACCUCACUUCUCUGGACGAGGCAGUCUUUACAGGACUACGAAACCUGCAGAAAUUGGACCUCACGAAGAACCAGUUAGCCAUACUCAGCAAGAAGACUUUCCAGAGCCUUUCGCUACUUUCUUAUUUAGCCACGGACGAAUGGCGCUGGUGUUGUCUGGUCGACCACGUGGAGACCUGCCUGCCGGAGACUGACCAGUUCUCCUCGUGCGAGGACCUCAUGUCAAACGCCGUCCUUCGGGUUUGCAUCUGGAUCUUGGGACUCAUUGCUCUCUUUGGAAACGCUUUCGUCAUAUUCUGGAGGAGCAUUUACUCCAGUGGGAAUAAGGUACAUUCCUUCUUAAUCGUGAACUUAGCCUUUGCCGACUUUCUCAUGGGAGUUUAUCUUCUGAUUGUGGCGGUGGUCGACCUCCAGUACCGGGGCGUCUACGCAGCCUAUGAGGUUUCCUGGAGGUCGUCCUCCCUCUGCCAAGUGGCUGGUUUUAUCAGCACCUUUUCCUCCGAACUCUCCGUUUUCACUCUUACAGUUAUAACGGUAGACCGCUUCAUGGUGAUCAAAUUUCCAUUUGGUGGCCAUCUUUUUGAUGGAGAGAUCACAAAACAAGUAAUGGGUGGCGUCUGGGUGUUGGUAACACUGCUGGCUGCUCUUCCCCUGACUCACCUGGACUACUUCAAGAACUUCUACGGACGUUCGGGAGUCUGCCUUCCCCUCCACAUCACCAAUGAGAAGCCCAACGGAUGGGAAUAUGCCGUCUUUAUAUUUCUUGCGUUGAACCUUUUGAGCUUUGUCGUGAUCGCGGUCAGCUACGCCCUCAUGUACACGGUCACUCAAGAAAUCAGGAUGGCCGCACUCCCAGGUCCUGUGGCGCGACCUGGUGAGAGCGGCAUGGCGACCAGGAUGACCCUCAUCGUUGCGACGGAUGCUGCCUGCUGGCUUCCCAUCAUCGUCUUGGGGAUCGCUUCUCUCUGCGGGGUGGCCGUUCCCCCAAAGGUAUUUUCGUGGAUAGCCGUCUUCGUCUUGCCCCUAAAUGCCGCGGUGAAUCCUGUCUUGUACACCUUGUCAACUUCCCCUGUGCGUAAGCGCUUCAGGAGCCUGAGGCAGCGUUUCUGUGCAAUGUGGAGCCGUAAAGCUAGACCAGCCUCAUUGGAAUCAGGAAAUCCUUGGGCGUCGUACAGGACGCGCAUAGAAAUGGAGUUGACUGACUCGCCAAUGCCAAGUGAGACGGAGGUCCGCGUCAUAAACACCAAGUCAUCUAUCCGCACCUCUAGCCCUGUGCUCCUGCGUUCACCUGCUCCCGUUAUGAAUGCCAAUGGACCCAGUGACCUGGGCGCGGAAGGGUCAAAGAGAGUGAAGAGAGCAAUUUGCCAGAUGAACCCAGGCCGAAUGGGCGAGUUAAGGUUCACAGCAUUCACCACGCCAGGUCAGCAGUAGGCGAGCAUGGUACAGUAGAUGUGGCUGACCGAGAACUGGUGCCCCUGAAGGAGCUGACGAGGGCCCGGAGAUCCUCUGGCAGAAAUUCCAGGGUCUGCUACAGAAGGAAAAAUGUCAUCGACGAACGCUAUGACUAGUACUUGACAUUUUUUGAACUACCACUGUGCAAUAGGACUGAGACUGAAGAAGACUUACAGAACACACAAGUUUUGCCUAGAACAGAUUAGUGAUAUCAGUUUCGUCCAUCUUUCAAAGUAAAGCAUCGAUAACCAAAUGUAGUCAAGUGCACAACUUCAGAAUAGCAUUUUCAGGUUCAUGAAUGUCGUUUUCAUGCACAAAGAAUCCCGCUCGCAUACAUAAAGCCUAACUUAAGUAGAAAUAAGAGUCAGUGUGGGCUGAUAUCGACAGUUAUCUCUCGUCUGGAUUCCAGACUUGUACUGACAUCGUAUUUGUCACAUACAUACAACAAACAACGCUUUUCAUACAUGUAGUAUACCAAGUACAAAUAGCUCUUAGUGCUGGAUUCGCUUUGCCUUGGGAAUAACUAACACCUAAAGGUGAGGCCAUCCAAACUGGCCAGGAUUCGAACUUGCCUUUUGGAUUCGAAACAGAGCAAGCAAGAACUUAUCCGUUCG